AUGAAGGGAGCGUCAUCAUCUCCAAGCAACUCUCCAGGCAACAGGAUAUUUCAGGAUCGCAACAGCGUUUCUCAGGUGCUGAGGUACAUUAGUGACUGCAGGGCGUGGGAACUAAAACAACUGAGACUACGGAUUGGGACUGAUUCAGGAAAGCGAUCUCAUUUACUAAGGAUCAAUGCAACGGAGUACCGCGAGCGCGACUCAGCUUCAGUCCUGUGGACAUCCUUGCGUGGACGCUUCAGACGUAGCAGUCACCAGCUUUCCACAGCUUCUUUAUUGAAGGAAAGACCCACUACAUCAACAACGUCGAAAGUAGCAUAUUUUAAGAGGAAAUAUGCGGAAGAAGAGGAUUUACAGAAAGAUUACCAUGGGUAUUUUCAGAAACACCUGAUACUCCCAGAAGACCGCACCUGCAUCCUCAGGCUCUCUCUCCAGAAGCUGAGGUUCCUUGAGGAUCCAGAGGCUUACCUUCGAAGGUCGGUACUAAUUAACAAUUUACUACGAAAGAUCCACCAUGAAAGUACGAAAGAAGACUGCGAGUGCUACGACAGGACCUCUGACACGAGGAAGCGCUUCAAAAUGAUGGCAGCCAACUGCUGUCCCCAGCCUUUUUACUUGGAAGAGUUGGGAAUGGUGCCUUAUGGGUGCAGGUUGGACUUCCCCAGUGGCCCACAGGGCUCAAGUUCCCAGCUACUUAUGUAUCAAAUAGAUGAUAAUGGCUAGGCGGAUGAUGAUUAGCACUUUGACAAAAACAUGUUGUGUAACAAUCGCUUAGCACCAUGGCAGCAAUUACACUGAAAGGUUUCACGGAGUGAACGCUGCAAUUUACGCCUUGCGGUAAUGUUAUAGGAGCACACUGUCAUAAAGCACUUAGAAGCCCAGCUGAGUGGUUAAGAACUUUUUUUUCUGCUUUUAUGUGAGUCUGUGGCUAAACACACCAGGGACGUAAGCAGAGGAGCAAAGAAUGUUUUUUUCCUGGCACGUGCAAGUGUGUACAGAUACACAAACUGUCACUUCUGUGUGCACUACAGGGGAUGCCAUAUGCAACCUGAAAUGGCAGCAGGCGGCAACAAGCAGCAAUUUAAUUUUUAACUGCCUUGUGCUGUGUGUUUGGAGUUAGGACAGGCAAAUGUGCAAACAAAGCGGUGGAAUUAAGUUCUCUCCACUGACAUUUUCCUUAAUUGACACAGACCGCUUUGAAGCUGGAGGUGGCCUUUUACUGUAGUGAACAUUGGUCACUGAAUCCUACAAAUUAUACUUUCUGAUGCACCCUCAUAGCUCCUCAAUUUCACAUUCACAGUUAAGUUUAAAUGUGACCAGUUUCCAUCAGUUAAGCAAUCUGGCCUUUGCCAUUGACCAUUUCACUCUUCUCUGUGGGCCUAAAAGUUAACAUCCCUGAUGGGCCUCUUUUUAUCUUUUAUUUAAUAUGGUGUGCUUCACAGGGUCCUUCAAUCCAAGUCUUUUCAUAUGAGUACUACUGCUGUGGGAGUGCAGGCAGCAUAAGAGACUUGCACAUGGUGCCAGCAGUGGGAUUCCAUGCUAAGGAGCAUUCCUUCAGGUCUCUCUUACGAAACUCCAAAAACUAUGCAUAUAGCCUAUAGAUUUUAUUUUAAUAUGCACUGGUAAUUUUCACAGAUUCAGUGUUGGCUUUAAACCCGGUUGCGGUCUGUGUGGUCUUUAUUCUUUCAGCCCCUGUGUUUCCUUCUUUGCAUGUAUCAAAGAUGUGAAGGUUAGAUUAAUGACUGACUUUGAGUGUAGCUGUCUUUGUUAAUGGCCCUGUGAUAAGCUGGCCAUUAGGAACUGUCCAGUCCAGGGUGAGUUCCUGCCUUGUGCCCAGUACUGUCAGGUUAGGCUCUGGCCCCUUGUGACAUGGAAGUGCACUUUGCAGGUCUGACAAUCUUACAUUACAGGGGGGCAAAUGGGAUUCCAUCUAAAAUCCAUUCCAGUAUUCCAGCUUAUUAAUAUUACACUCACCAAGUUGCUGUUAGGACUAACUCAUCUUUUUGUAAAUGUUCCACUGUUAAACAAGUGGGUGAGAUGAUUUUUACUUAGAUUAAGUCUCAAUUAAUUACACUGCUAAAAUCUGACAUUACCAGUGGAACAUGCAGACUUAUAGUCCUGAAAUAAAAGUGGCUCAUAUUGAGAGAGGUGACAAAACAAUCUUUUGUUUCCACCAUUAAAAACUCAACUUCACAGUGAUCACAUUGGUUAUCUAACUUUCCAAGUAGUGAUCUUCAAAGAAACA